AUGAUUAGCCACUUUGUACAGGAACAACCAAAUAAAUGGAGUCUACACUUAAAAUAUGUACUAUUUGCGUAUAACACAGCAAUUAAUGAUACAACGAAAAACACACCGUUUUACCUAUUACACGGAUAUAAUCCAAAAUUUAUAUUUGAUCACAACUUUAUAAGUACAGAAACAUCCCCCGAAAUUUUACUGGAAUUAGAAAAAUUAAAAAAUAUUCGAGACGAACUCAGAAAAUUAUUAGCGGACAGAUAUUUAAAAAAUAAAAAACAUUAUGACUCAAAUAAGGUACAGGUAAAAUUUAAAUUAAACGAAAAAGUACUGAUUAAAGACGAAAGACGAAAAUCUAAAUUUGCUUACAGGUACAACGGCCCGUUUAAAAUAAUGAAGCAAGUAUCGGAUGUAACUUAUGUAGUAGAAAUAAUUAAAAAUGGACAGUUAGUAAACGAAUACAAACAUGUUAGUCAGUUAAAAAAAUAUAAAGAACGUUAA